GCGGCAGCCGCCCCGCAACACCCCCUCCCUCUUUGGAUGCCUGCUCUGCUCGGAAGAAGCGGCGCACCAGCGAUCCACCCUACCGCGCCGCUCCUCCGCCCGCGCGCGCCCAUGUCAUGAUGACGCUGCGACGGCGCGCUGACCUGUCGCCCUCGCUCUCUUCCUCGUCUUCGCUCCUCUCCCGCCUGCGCUCCGCGGCCUCCAGUCUCCUGUCGCGGCAGUACAGCACGGAUAAGGGAGGUGACGGCACUGCUCGGCGGAAUGGUGGCGGCUCUUCCUCCGCGCCUAGGCUACUCAGGCCAGGAUUCGUGGAUCCUUCAACAUGGAGACAUUUUGACUCAAGGGCUUUUGGCAUUAACCUGGAUGCUAUACCUAAAGAUGCAUUGUUUGUUCUAAAAAAGCUCAGACGAGAAGGUUUUGAAGCUUAUCUUGUCGGGGGAUGUGUGAGAGAUUUGCUACUGAAAAGGGUACCUAAAGAUUUUGAUGUGAUUACCACUGCAAGUCUCCAACAGAUUAAGAAAAAUAUAUUCAGGCGAUGUAUGAUUGUAGGCAGACGCUUUCCAAUAUGCCUGCUUAAAAUGAAUGACUCAGUGAUUGAGGUCUCAAGCUUUCGAACAGUUGGUAAACGUGCGGAUAAAAGUAAAGAGGUAGAUUAUUUGGAAGAGUUGAAUGGCUAUGAUGAUGGGGAUAUCCUGCGCUGCAAUAAUUCUAUGAGAAGAGACUUCACAAUAAAUGGUUUAUUCUUUAACCCAAUGAACUACAAGAUUUAUGAUUACGUGAAUGGAGUAAGGGAUAUGAGAAAAAACAAAGUGUGUACAGUGGUUCCUGCUCAUAUUUCUUUUAUGGAAGACCCUGCCAGGAUUCUACGUGGCUUGAGAAUUGCUGCUCGCCUUGGUUUCCAGUUUUCCAGUGACACUUCUAAUGCGAUACACGAUCUUUCUUCGUCUAUAAUUAAUAUUGACAAGGCAAGGCUGAUGAUGGAAAUGAACUAUACAAUGUCUUAUGGGGCAGCAGAACCUUCUGUUAGGUUACUCAGAAAAUAUGGAAUACUUGAUAUUUUACUGCCUUUCCAGGCAGCAUAUUUGUCUGAUCAGAUGAAGGGUAGGUCAAGUGACAAAGAUUUGAUGCUUAUGAAACUAUUGGCUAAUCUUGACAGAUUAUUCUCUGCAGACCGGCCAUGCCACUGCUCUUUGUGGAUGGCAUUGCUGGUAUUUCACACUGCACUGGUUAUUUCUCCACAAGACACCCUGGUAAUAAGAGCUUUUGCUGCACUUCUGUAUUUCGGAUCAUGGGAAAGCACAAUUGAAUUUCUGAAAGAAGAAGAAGCUGGAGCCCAAGUUCCAUUUGUCCCAGAGACACUGGGUCCUUCUCAGACCAAACUGGAUGAUCUUAUGGAACAAACAUCACACCUAGCAUCACUAGUCAAUUCUUCAGUACUUACAUUGACAUGUUCUGAUGCUCUGGAGCAAUCACUAGUCAGAUUCUCAGAGCCUCCACAAAUUUCGGGAGUAGUGCUCGCAUCCAACAAAGAGAGGAACAGGUUGCUGAAAAUAUUUGGGUCCUUUGAUUCUGACUUGACCUCACAUGAUGAGCGAAGAUGGUUGCAUAAGAUCGAUUACUGGUCGCUGAAAGAUGGGAGUCCUGCUGAGGUCCGAUUUGUUCUCGGAAAAGUGAUCCUGGACACUAUGAGCGAUAAGUCGCCGUGUGAAUCUGCUGAGGAUGCUCUGAUGUUCUGAUAUAGUCGGCUGCAGAUCUUGCCGAUGAAACCCGUCCCCCGUCCGCCAUCGUCCGCAUUAUUUCAGUCCAAGUGAAGCAGCACCGCAGCAGUCGUCGCUGGGAAGAAACUAAUCUGUCUCUCAUGUUUUCGGUCAAUGCUGCUAAACAGAUUUUGCUGGUGCUGUGUAGGGUGGAAACACCACAAGCCCACCGGCGGCAGUAUAUUGGUGUAGUUAAAUUUACCUGGAGGAAAUAGUGUCUAUUUUUUUCCUUUAAAUAGAAGAGAGAGAAUGGUGUCUGCUCUCCAUUUUUGUUGCACAACUUUUUUUCCCGGAAAUGCACGUAGACGUCACAAUCCAAUUGAAGGCGUGACAGACAGACGCGUUUACCCCAUGGGUUCACUGGCCCGUGGGCCACGCCGUGCAUAAGAGAUGCAAUUGAACUACGCCAUUCCACCGAGGCCCAACGGCUCCAGUCGCUUCCAAAUGUUUUCCCGUCUCCUCCCGCACCGGCACAGCCAUCACCGCCGCCUCCUCCAGACCCUGCCCUGUGCCGCCGCAAAAUCCGCCGCCGAGGUAGACCUCCACCAGAGGCCAUGCUCCACGACUGCCGCGUCGAGCCCAAGCCUGUCGAUAUGGCGGCGGAAGAAGGAGAUGGGGAAGGAGGGCCUAAUGGCGGUGGCGCAGCUCAAGCGGCUCGCGGCGCUUACCACGGCCGGGGGCCACCCGCGCCUCGAGCAGUUCAUGGGCUCGCGCGUGUCGCGGCUCCUCCGCACCGACCUGCUCGCCGUCCUCGCCGAGCUGCUCCGCCAGGAUCACGUCAUCCUCUCCAUGAAGUUGAAAGACCCAUAUGCUGCUUGAGAUGAACUGGACUCAUAUGCCCAAUGAUCAUGAGAGUUGACAGGCUUGAUAUAUGGUGUUGUGCGGAAAGAAAUCUGGUACCGUCCUGACAUGUACUUCUACCGAGACAUGCUGUACAUGCUGGCAAGGAACAAGAAGGUUGAUGAGACGAGGUAGGUCUGGGCAGAUCUCAAGUCUGAAGACGUGCUAUUUGAUCAGCACACUUAUGGUGACAUUGUGAGAGCCUUCUGCGAUGCUGACUUAAUCGAUCUGGCAAUGGAAAUCUACCAGGACAUGAGGAGCUCCCCUGACCCACCUCUAUCGCUGCCAUUCCGUGUUAUCCUGAAAGGGCUGGUCCCGUACCCAGAACUGAGGGAGAAGAUAAAGCAGGAUUUUCUGGAGCUUUUCCCCAAUAUGAUUGUAUAUGACCCACCAGAUGGUUUGUCAGAUGUAGAUGAUGAAUUCAAGUUUUGAUGAAUAUAUACAUCCUUAUGUUCUUGCUUCAA